AUGACAGCUGUAGACGAGGCCUGGAGGACCGAGGAUAGGGACAGCGAGCCAGAGGUUUGGCAACGAGGUCCGUCUUUGGCACUACUCCCCUCCGAGAUGCAUAUUCCCCCGUUUCGACACACCCUCCCUUCAUCCUGGAAGCCAUGGAUUGGCCCGCCCCUCGAACAUCGUGCCCGGGGGUACUACACUCCCGAGCUACACAACUGGAGCCCACCGCGAGGGGUGGUACCCUAUUCGUGCUUCUUCCGCUCCGCCUACAGCCUCGCGUCAUCGCACUCAGAGCACAGGCAAGCGCACACAAUUCACUCCAUUAAUUUCCCACCCACUACCGAAGUCUAUACUGGGACUGUGUACAGGCGAGCUGAGGUCCAUUCCCUCCAUUACCAGUCUACCAUUAUAGUCCAUGCGGAACCGACACCAAUGCGCGAUGCGGACGUAGUCGCGAGAACGACCUCAACGGUACGGCUCGAGUCUAUCACGGACUCGGCGACUAGUCGUCUCGGAGGCGACAGCACGUACACAUUCGACGAGCUCUUCACAGCCUCAACAUCUGCACCUCAGACUUACGAGCAAGCUACUGGACCGGGACCCGCGACUGCGACCUACGAGCCAGGUACGGCACAUGCAGGCGGCGCGGUCACUCAAUCCACGGAUUCGCGGAACCACAGUGCUCAUGAGGGUCGACACGCUGCGCGGACGGAUGUCACUGCGGAAGGCCAGAGACUCGAGACGAUGAUCCAGGAGCGAGCUGCCGUGCACACGAGGAGCAAUUUGAUCGAGGACGCCUCUCGCGCCAGGAUAGCAGAUGCCCACGUCGUCGUACGGUCGCACUUUCAACGAGGCACCACAUGCACACUUCGUGACUUCUGGCUUGGAGUAGCGAGUCUGACGGCGGGGAAACACGAGGGAGCUACUCCGCAUGAAAGCCUCACCAUGACAACGAGACCCGGGACGAACACGAGCGGCAACGGUCUAAGCAUUCGCGAGCAGGCACUUGGAUCCGGAGACGCGCGCAGAGGUGUGACUGUCGGUUCGCGAGGGGGGCACGCGAUGGAUAUAUGGCGAAUGUACAUGGGUGACGCGAGCUCUACAAUACGAGUACCUACGGACACGUCGGGCAGCACUCCACCUUUACUCGACGAGCUCUUCCUCGAGAUAUUGGGGCUCACAGCAAGGACGUUCGGGCGAUUCGACGGCCCCGCGGGAAAUGGGCUCGUUAGGAUGAAGGCCGCGCAAAUCAGCGACGCAAUACCUACGGACACAAGUGUUAGUCCCACGAACGCGGAGCAAGCGAUGACGCACCAGCACAACGCGUCGGAAAGGGUUGCAGCAGCGAGGAGAGGGCGGGAUGAGCAAUCAGCCCGGCGGACGUCACAGCACCAGUUUGGCCUGUACGAGUGCGUUAUGACGGAAGACGAGCGAGCGACGUCGGGGGGCGGAGCCUGUCGAGUGAACGUUAGCCUCAGGACGCUCGAGAAGUCAGGAUACGAGAGCCGGCGUGAACGUUCAACAGGCAGGCCGUGGAGUCCAGCGAGUAACCGAGCACGCGAGCAGGGGAUUCAAAGAGCAGAGGCGACGAGCGAAGGUAGCAUCGAAUACAAGGAUAUGCGCGAGCGAAAGGAGCAUGCGCGGGAGGCGAGCGAGCAGACGCAAUGGGCUAAGGCGCAGACCACGGCGGAGACGCACACGACAGACCGCCGUGAGUACAAGGCGCACCGCCACGGUGCUGAGAAGGUCGGGAAGAUGCUGGCGGCGCCGAGACGAGUCGAGAUGGUCGAGGACGAUCACCCGCGGCUCAAGGAGCGAACUGGAACAGAGAACCGAGCAUUAGGACAGGCGCGAGAUGUGAUGACGGAGGUUAGACUCACCGGCAGAAUCGCUACGAGGAGCGACGCAAGUCUUGCAGAGGUCGGUCACCGACACAGGACCCCGUUCGGCGAGAUACUGGCGUCGAUACGAGGAGAUCGAGAGGGAACGGAUGCGGCGUACCUAGUCGACCAAGGGCGGACCUACGAGGACCCGAGUGUAAGCGAUGUCGAACGAGGAAUCGACGGAAGGAUAGGGAUUCCUGGAUGCGGCACAGGCGGGGCGUCGAGCGAGCAAGACGAGUCAGGGCCACGAGAGAGAGACUCACGGAGGGCGGGAGUUGCAUGCAAGAACCUAGCGGCGACUGGUAUUGCGCAAGGCCGGGGUUUCGACGGCGAGCUAGGCCGUGACGAGGAGAGAAUAGCGGGUGGUGAGGCUUCAAGCGGAGCCAUUAGCGCGUGUAGCGGGGAACGGCAAGAGGUCGGAGAGUUCUUGGCGGCGGCGAGACGAGUCUUCAAAGCCGGGAACGACUGGCUGAGGCUAUAUCAGCAAGCUGCACGGGUGUCACGGGGGAUCAGGCGAGUCGCGAAAACAUCGUUAGAGGAUAGACAUACCGGGAGAUGCCAUACGACAAGGCGCGGUCCAUUUCCCUCGCAAGCCGAAGAGUCCACAUCAACUCCACGAGGUGUACCACGCUCGCAGACAGAGGGGACGCACGCGUCAGGCAUCCGGCAAGAUACCUUAGGACGGGAUGGCGCGACGGCGGAAGUAGCUGAUACGCGCAAGCAGCAGGAGCGACAGGCGCAGGGGUUCAGACGGGUCACGAUUAGAGCGACUGACAUCACGCUCACCUAUGGGAUGUCCUCCGCCGACUACGCGUACCCCGGACAUUCAUCUCCCUCCGCGAGAACUGUCUUGCAGGUGCAGGGGCAUGCGACGAGCGCAUUCGAGCUCGGAGUUGAAGACGCGCCCCUUUUGGGCAGACAACGGAGCGAUGAUGGACGCGACUGCGACUGGGAGCAUGCUGACCUGGCGAGGGUUCAACGAGGAAACAUGCUUGCGAUGGACGAGAGGCGGUACGACGAGAUCCGGAGCGAGGACCACAAGCAGCCGCAGGCAGAGUCGGUGGAGAGAGGACUCAGGCGAGAGACGAUCGCUCAAGCGCUCGAACCGCAGGUUGCACAGCCUACUGGCGCCUCGCUAGUCACUCAAGUCGCGGAUUUGGCGCGUGCAUUCCCGCAGCUCCCACAUCUUCUCAAUGCUAGUAGCUUGUCUGUGUAUGGUUCUACCUGUCGAGGUGCGAGAAGCUCUGUAACGGCUCAUGCUUGUCAGACGGUAAGGUCGGGCCCGGAGGGAACUGCACGCGAGGAGUACGUCCGAGAGCGUCACGACCGGAGGGGCCUGACCUCAAUCAAAGCAGACGCUCAUUGCGGCCAAUCCAGCGGCGCGCAGGGUGUUAGCGUCUCCGCGCAGCAACGUACGGAUGAAUGGGAGUGGUCCGAGUGUGACCGGAUGAUUCAAAGACGGGCAAUCGGAUGCGCAAGUGAGUCACCGGAACACGCACGACUGAACGAACGCGACGCAGCAGGUCUUGGCCUCGAUACGCAAGCACCGAGAUGCCAGCUGGCGGACCCAGCAACUGCAAAUCCGCCAUCGGAAGGGAUGGCCGCUCAUGGACUUGUUUCGACGCAGGAAUCGGUGAAGCAGGCGAACAGGGACCGUGAUUCACAGGUCAAGUACUCCACGGAUUCGAGUUCACCCAGCUCUAAGAUCGUGGGGAUCCCGGGUCUUGCGUCGGGACGAACGGGACAAGGGGACGGGAAGGAUGGCACCGAGAGUCUAGUGGUGGACACUGAACGGGCGAGUUGCGAGUGUCGUGUGUGCCGGAGGGAACAAGACGAGCUUCAGGAAGCGGCGGGAUGGAGCACUUCCAGCCGGAUUGAUACCUCGGAGGCUCAGCAGCAGGACACAGAGGGGACCUCAACGAUCGGACGUGUUUCACUGGAGGAUGGACUCACCGAGAGCGCCCCUACGAUCAGCCGGACACGCGCAGGACCGUUGUUCUCUCCGGUCUGGGGUAUCGCGAUCGGGCGGAAGGGGACGGUAUCCGGACGCGAGGCUUCGAUAGGCACAGUGCCUCCUCCGGAGCAAACGGAAGGCGAGGACCGAGAGGAGUGCGCCAAGAGUCCAACAGGCACGAGCAAGGCGAAGGCAGACACCCAGGAAGCCGCGCGUCGGAGGGAACGAGGAGGGCGAGAGGAGUAUUGGGGCGUUUCGGGACGAUGGUUCAUAGGGCGAGGCGGCAAACGGGAGCUACGGGAGGGGCGACAUGCGAAACCAUCAGCAGCUAGUGGCGACGACGCCGCGGAGGAAGCGGUGGGCGAACCUCAGGAUCAAGAGCUUGCGGAUUCGGAUUGGGCGGGCGCGUGGCUAGACGAACCAAGCACUCCGCGCGUACAGAAUCAAGGACCGAGGACGACCGAGGUUGCGAGCAGGAAGAUUGCCAGUCGAAUUGCGCGGAGCUCGCGCCUCGAGGGUGCCCACAGCCGGAGGGAACGAGGCGACGACCUGGAGCCGCGGGAGCAGGCUGCGGAGGGAAUACGAGCGUGCAGAGGGGCUUCCACGGAAGAGCACGGCAGAACCAGUAAGGAGGACCGAGCGAGAGCUGAGGAAACCAUGGCGAGCGUGACGGCGGGCGCGACAGUCGCACUGAACGGAGUUAGCGAGUCUCUUGCAAGCAGAGACGGAGGCGCGGUAGCGAACGCCGAGACACACAGGCAGAGGCGACUGGGAAGGACCAAGGACGAGAACGGGAUCGCCAGCAUGCUCCGUACCGAGAACAGCGCGGUGCGCGUACCCAGGCUUUCGGAGAAGAGGUUCAAGACCAUUGAGAGCGAGCGCGGCGUGGUCUGGGACGAAGCCAACAACCGUUCAGGGUUGGGGGCAGAGCUGAACAGGCGAGGACUCGGCACAACGAUCGCUCGAGCACCUGGGCUAUGGUCUGGACGGCUCGUUAGGGGCUUGGUGGUCCCUCAGGUCAUGGACGCAGGGCGUGUCUUCUCGCGGUUCCCCGGGGCUCGGAGGAAUUCCAUGGUGGACUGCUCGCUAGUAUGGAGUACCGUCUGGCAAUACGCGGCACGGCCGGGGGAGGGGAUUCAGACUGACGGUGUUCGAGCUGUCAAGGGACUCGGUGUCGGACGUGAUACACGGGAACUAUCUCCAUUACAAGACCACGAGGUGGUUCGACGGAUCGACCGAGCUAUGUACAUGUGGACCAAGCAGGAUCACGGAAGCGUGAGUUCGCACCGUAUCGUACCCAGCAACUCGAAGCGUAUCAAACCGAGUAAAGGGGCGCUGGAGCCGUUCCGCAGGGAUACCAACAGUAGCAAAGCGGCGGGCUCCCCGGAAGCUCAAGUGCGACCUGAAACGCUCUUGCGAAGCGGUAAAGCGAGGUUCGGGAAGGAGCAGCUAGUCGAAGAGCAAGCCAGCGAGAAGGAGACGCAUAUGUCCCAGGUUGCGACGGAUGUGUGCGUCGAGAGCGAGCCGAACGAGCGCACGGGAGAGGCCACGAUGGCGAGGGAUAGUAGUCCAGGAAACGAGCCCAGCGAGUCUGACGAGAUACGGCUGGGAGUGGUCGUCUCAGAGGCGGCGGACGGUUGCGUACUGGACGAACCCGGGCCGCGGGAGGCAUCCGACGAGGAGUGUCGUGAGGCGAAGGGUGGAUGCAAGGAGAUACAAGGGAUGGAGCCGAGCAACGAGCAAGGAUCCGCGAGCAAUGCGGUUGGAGAGCCCGAUGGCGGCGAGGGGCACUUACCGAGCGAGAGGAAGACUAGUGGCUGGGUCGAUGAGGACGUGGAAGCGACAGGCAACGGCGCGCCAGGACCUGCAUCGAGGGACGUCGCAUUGCAGCAAGACGAAGUCGAGAGGUACGGAGGAGAUGGUCCUUACAAGGAACACGAGCAGGGACAAGAGGAGAACGUCACCAGAGGGAACGCCUACGCGGGGAGUGUGCAGUGCGGGGGCGCAAGCUUGGAGCUGAGCACGGGCGAGAUGACUCGCGAGCGUAUCGACCAUCGCAAUAUCCUACGUGCGAGGGGGCUCGCUAGCUCAGGAACAUCGCUGCAAAUGCGAGGCGAAGACGGACGGACCGGAGAAGCUGGAAGUGAGGAACCAUUGGGGGCGGACGGCCCUGCGCGGGCGCACGGCGAGACAGACCAAGACGCGAGCCUGCUGCUGAGUAAUGAGGAGUCCAAACCCGCGGGUGAAGGCGCUGGGCCUAGCGAGAUGCAGGAGGUGGCGAGACAACAGAUUCAAGUAAGGACAUCGAUACGCACGGCAGGAGAGAACGGACGUACCGAGUGUAGGAAGGCGGGCGAGCACACGAAGGAUAGCGAAGGCGAGGUGGUUCCGCAGGAGGACUUGGUCGAGAUCAGCCAGCCAUACGGGCUGAAAGCGAACUUCGAAGACGUACGUGCACACGACGAUACGAAACAGGGCGAGAGCUUGGAGCCGAGUAGAGGAAAGCCCGAGCCCGAGAUGCAAGGCCCGGGCCCAAGCGACGAGCGACUCAAGAGUAAGCAGGAGGAUCCCGUACGUCAGAGAGCGUAUGGUGGACUUGCGCGCUGCGAGACGAGGCAGACCGUGAUCCCGAAGCCGAGUAAGGGGGAGGUGACUGAGGAGAGGAGUGGCGAGAUCGACACGAGGUACACGCUGCGGCUGGAAGCCGAACCGGGAAUGUCGUCGUGCGCACAGACCCAGGAUGGACAGGCCGAGCGAGAGGAAACGGGCGAGUACGCACUGGACGGUGGUCGCGAAGUCGCGAUUUUACAAGUGAACCUGCUCGAGAUCAGCCAGCCGACCGAACUCUGGGCGGAUUGGGACUCGGCGGGGGACGAAGCGGCGGGAAGGGCAGGCUUCAGCCGAGGCAUCGUCAGGCACGCGGACGGAACACGGACGCACCAGACGUGA